AUUUCAAAACUUUGGUAGUAGUAAGUUUUGUUAGUUGUGAACGAAGAAAUCAUCAAAAAUGGACACUUGCACCAGGCUUCUGUUUGCUGCGUGUGCCACUUUAUCCAUCUUACAUCUUGUUCAAUCUCAGAAUCAACAAGGAUUCAUCAGUUUGGAUUGUGGAUUAGCUUCUAACGAGUCUCCUUACAACGAAGCAAAUAGCAAUCUGACGUACAUAUCCGAUGCUGAUUUCAUUCAAGGAGGAAAAACUGGUAAUGUCCAAAAAGACUUGCUUAUGAAACUCAGGAAGCCAUAUACGGUUUUGAGAUACUUUCCGGAUGGAAUCCGAAAUUGUUACAGUCUAAAUGUCAAGCAAGACACAAAUUAUCUAAUCAGGGUUAUGUUUCGAUAUGGAAACUAUGACGGGCUUAACAAUUCUCCAAGAUUCGACCUCUAUCUUGGUCCUAAUAUUUGGACAACCAUAGAUAUGGGGAAGUCAGGUGAUGGAGUUCUGGAGGAGAUCAUUCACAUCACAAGGUCUAACAUCUUGGACAUAUGUCUCGUCAAGACAGGGACGAGUACACCAAUGAUAUCAUCCAUAGAGUUGAGACCCUUGCUAUAUGAUACUUAUAUUGCUCAAACCGGUUCCUUGAGGAAUUAUAACCGGUUCUAUUUCACCGAUUCAAACAACUAUAUACGUUAUCCCCAAGAUGUGCAUGAUAGAAUUUGGGUGCCGUUGAUAUUACCAGAAUGGACGCAUAUAAACACAAGUCACCACGUUAUUGAUUCUAUAGAUGGCUAUGACCCACCACAAGAUGUACUUAGGACCGGCGCCAUGCCCGCUAAUGCCAGUGAUCCAAUGACCAUUACCUGGAAUUUGAAGACGGCUACUGACCAGGUUUACGGUUAUAUUUACAUCGCCGAGAUCAUGGAAGUCCAGGCCAAUGAAACUAGAGAAUUCGAAGUUGUGGUAAAUAAUAAAGUUCAUUUCGAUCCUUUCCGUCCUACCAGAUUUGAAGCACAAGUUAUGUUCAACAAUGUACCACUGACAUGCGAGGGAGGAUUUUGUCGUCUGCAACUUAUAAAAACUCCGAAAUCGACUCUUCCACCCUUGAUGAAUGCUUUCGAAAUUUUCACGGGCAUUGAGUUUCCUCAAUCAGAAACAAAUCAAAAUGAUGUCAUUGCUGUAAAGAAUAUUCAAGCUAGUUAUGGACUGAACAGAAUCAGCUGGCAGGGCGAUCCAUGUGUCCCUAAACAGUUUUUGUGGACUGGCUUAAGCUGCAACGUAAUUGAUGUGUCCACACCACCAAGAAUCGUGAAAUUAGAUUUGUCUUCAAGUGGAUUAAAUGGAGUUAUACCACCUAGCAUACAAAAUCUAACUCAACUUCAAGAACUGGACCUGUCCCAAAACAACUUGACUGGUAAAGUGCCUGAAUUUCUAGCCAAGAUGAAAUAUUUGUUGGUCAUAAACUUAAGUGGAAACAAACUUAGCGGUUUGGUUCCUCAAGCCCUUCUUGAUAGAAAAAAGGAAGGAUUAAAGCUAUUGGUUGACGAAAAUAUGAUUUGUGUGUCUUGCGGUACAAGAUUCCCAACAGCUGCGGUUGCGGCAUCUGUUUCUGCAGUGGCCAUUAUCAUACUUGUGUUAGUUCUCAUAUUUGUUUUAAGAAGGAGAAAGCCAUCUGCUGGGAAAGUUACACGCUCAUCCUUCAAAUCGGAAAAUAGAAGAUUUACUUACUCUGACGUUAACAAAAUGACAAAUAACUUUCAAGUUGUUAUUGGUAAAGGAGGGUUCGGUGUUGUCUAUCAAGGUUGUUUAAAUAAUGAACAAGCAGCUAUUAAAGUGCUUUCUCAUUCAUCAGCUCAGGGCUAUAAAGAAUUCAAAACAGAGGUCGAACUACUUUUAAGAGUUCACCAUGAAAAGUUAGUAAGCCUCAUUGGAUAUUGUGAUGAUGAUAAUGGCUUAGCUCUCAUCUACGAGUUAAUGGGAAAGGGAAACUUAAAAGAGCAUCUCUCAGGAAAACCUGGUUGUUCUGUUUUGAGCUGGCCGAUAAGACUUAAAAUAGCUCUUGAAUCCGCCAUAGGAAUUGAGUAUUUGCAUACUGGAUGCAAGCCAAAAAUCGUUCAUAGAGAUGUCAAAAGUACUAAUAUAUUGUUGAGUGAAGAAUUUGAGGCCAAAAUUGCUGAUUUCGGACUCUCAAGAUCCUUCCUAAUAGGAAAUGAAGCUCAACCUACGGUUGUUGCUGGAACAUUUGGAUAUCUUGAUCCGGAGUACCACAAAACCAGCUUGUUAAGCAUGAAGAGUGAUGUAUAUAGCUUUGGGGUUGUCUUACUGGAAAUCAUCAGCGGCCAAGAUGUGAUUGAUUUAUCCCGUGAAAAUUGUAACAUAGUGGAAUGGACCAGUUUUAUACUCGAAAAUGGUGAUAUUGAAAGUAUAGUGGAUCCAAACCUCCAUCAAGAUUAUGACACAAGUUCUGCAUGGAAAGUUGUUGAAUUGGCAAUGUCAUGUGUGAACCGUACUUCCAAAGAGAGACCAAACAUGUCUCAGGUCGUUCAUGUGCUAAACGAAUGUUUGGAAACAUGUGAAAAGUGGAGAAAAAGCCAAGAGGUGGACUUAAGCAGUCCUCUGGAACUGAGCAUAGUUGUAGACACCGAAAUAAACCCAAAGGCACGUUAGUCAUUAUUCUCAUGGUUGGGUGUAUAAUGAUCAGUCUGUAUAAUUUGUAUUAUGAAGCGUCUAUUGCACAAUUUGGGUGUUAAGUCUGUAUGUUGAACGUGUUGAUACUUAAUAGCUUCUUCUUGUGCUAUCGAAAGUUGAAAGUACUCUUUUAAUUAUACAAGAA